UUGAGAAACACUACUGACACUUCGUUGGCGUGGGUAUCGUGUAAUGCUCCGAGGGUAUUCGUCGUAAAUGAAGUAUUUAACUAUCACAAUGCUUGUAUUUACCUCGACACUCUGACAUACCUGUAAUCAACCGACACAUCUAUACCGACGUUGUUUACCUGGGAGACGGGCAACGGGUGCCCGUGUUUCUGUUACUGAUCUCUACUGAAGUCUUACAAAUGUUGCACAAAUCGACGCGGAUUUCAUAGAUAUCGGAAAACAAAAAAUGUAUCGCCAUCGAGGCUUGGAGCCAGGUGUGGCGGAUAUGCAGAGAGCGGCGGCAACAAGUACAGGGGCCAUGCUUGUCGGGCCGUUCAUGGACGACAACGAAUUCAUACCACAACCCCCGCCUCCUCCAUUCAACGUGAAGAAAGACGUGAAUUACAAGAAGUCUAACCGGUUCAGUAACCAUGACAACAGAAACGCCUUUCAGGAUCACGGAGUGUACCUCGGGAAUGGUCGCGAAACACGGCUUCUUGGACGACGUCUUCUCAACGUUGAUCGUCGUCUCCAUGAAACCAACAAUAGCUUUCUCUCCCACCAAACGAUGCACCCAAUACAAGUGGAUCAGAACAGCUUAUACACAGCUUCGUUUCUCGGCAAACCGACCAACGAGCCACCAGUUCACCGGAGAUUCCCGAAGGCCUACAAAGAACCCCAGGAAGGAAGUAUUAAGCUCGAAACAUCCACACCCUGCUGGUUCAAGGCACCGGAAGUUCCCUAUAGAACAGCUCUUCAUGAUUUAGCUGUGACACAGGAACCCUUCCUAGAACACAACCCAUGGAGAUACUCAAAUAAUGCUCUGAAGCGAGUUUACCCACCUUAUGAUAGAAAGAGCGAACCUGUAGUGAACAAUACCUUUAAUCGGUUUGGAGCCGCCUUCACUGACCCCAGGCCUCCUAGCCAUAGACGGUCUCAGAUAUAGUCCUUGUUUAUUUGUGCGUGUAAAUUUAAUGGUUUUUUUAACGCGGAUUUCGAUGUCAAUUUAUUAAUUAUGCUUUCGUAAUGAAACAAUAAAACAACUCAGAUGUCACAGAAUCAAGUUACGUUUCGGAAUAAUUUCCUGUUCUGGGUUUUUCAUGGAAAUGCACAUGCGCAUGGGACUGAUGAAAACAAGGAUCGUUCUCAAAGUAAGACACGAACCCGUUAAUCUCAGUCCUGCCUUAGUGUUUGAGAUGUGCGGAUUAAUAAUAUGUUAUGGUUAACUGAAACACAGUCUAAAUGUACAGUUUCGAGUUUCGUUGUACAAACAGGAACUAUUCUGAUACUCCCUUGAAAUGGUCAUGUAUUACUGUGCAGUUGAUAUAAUGUGUUCGUGAUAUUUCGGUUUUCAUAAGAUCAGAUUUCGUUUUAUUUCCUUGAAAUUCUAGUGGAAUACACAUGGCUGUGUUGGUCACGUGAGAUAUUUCAAGCUGAUCUGUUUUCGACAAGGAACAGUUUUUGGAACAAACAAGUCUCCAUCCUCUUUGGUAUAAUUUCUGUCCACUAAUGUCUGUCACUUUGGAAAAUGACAUUUAUAAUUUUCUGGAAAGAACUCAGAAUUUCUUUCAUUUCGUGUAAUUUCGAUGAAGUUUAUUUUUAUUGUCAAUGUCGUAUUUUUUAUCACACGGACUGAAGAUACCACGGGGCACUCCAACUUAAACAUUCAAGGUAGAACUUGAACAUCAUGAACUAUUGAUUGUUUGAGAUCGUUUUUUUAGGGUGUGGGGGAGGGAUCGGUUCGCAUGUCAGUGAAGGUUCAAUGUCUAAUGAUUCAUAUUUUGGACAGAUUCUAGCAGAUUGUGAUGAUUCAUGUAAUGUGUCUAUGUCCGUGAAGGUCCAGUUUGUAUUGGUUCACUUUAUCGAAUGCAUAUUCAAAGACAAAUGGGGAAACGAAGUAUUAUAAAGCCAGUAUUACUACGUUUAUAUUAUUCACAUUUUCUGUGAUAUAUUGAAAUGCACACAUAUGCAUAAGAUGUUGUUUAUCUAAUUAAAUAAUUUUCACAAUUA